ACCUGUUGAAGGUGCUCCAAUCAGCAGCCAGAGCUCCACCGGCCACCACCCAGCCCCCGGCCAGAGCCCUGACCUCUGACCCCACCACCAGCACCAACCCUCCAACCCUGACCACAGCCUCUGCUACGAGCACCGCACAGUCUGCAUCAGAGGUCAGGGGGUCAAACCGUGGCCCGGUGGCGGCCGUGGGUCCCGACAGGAAGUUGUUCCUCCCGGUGAGCAGCUUGACGCUCGACGGCAGCGGGAGCACCGACGACCACGGCAUCGUCAGCUACCGCUGGGAAGCAAUCAGCGGUCCUCCGGGAUUAAAGCUGGAGGGAGUGGACCAGGCAGUUGCUACAGCAACGGGCCUUCGAGUGGGACGCUACACCUUCAGGCUGACCGUUUCCGACCAGGAGGGGGCGACGGACAGCGCCUCACUGACUGUCAGAGUGGAGGAAGCCACAAGUCUUCCUCCCGUCGCUCACGCCAGCGGCAGCCACACCCUCACUCUGCCCAACAACUCUCUGGUCCUCCGAGGCUCCGUGACCGACGGGGACCAGACCGAGGUCCACUACCUGUGGGUCAGAGACAGCCAGAGUCCUGCUGCUGGGGACGUGCUGUACGGCUCAGACACUCAGGCCUCCCUCUACCUGUCCAACCUGGUCGAGGGCACCUACCUGUUCCAGCUGAGGGUGACCGACGCCCAGGGGCGCUCCAACACCGCCGCGGCCACCGUGGAGGUCCGACCAGAGCCCGGCGGCGGGGAGGAGGUGGAGCUGGAGAUGUCGGUGUCGGUGUCUCAGGUCAGCGUGGCUCAGAGGGACACGGUGGUCCGACAGCUCGCCGCUCUGCUCCACGUCCUCGACAGCGACGUCCAGGUCCGAGCGCUGCAGGGACACUCACACCUCAGCACGGUGUUGCGGUUCUCGGUUCGGGGCCCCUCGGGACCGAUCUCGGGCUCCAGGCUGGUGGGUCUGCUGAGAAACCAGCUGCUCAGAGAGAAGAGCGACUACCUGCUGUUCAGAGUCCUGAGAGUCGACACCGUCUUGUGUUUGCUUCGCUGUUCGGGGCGUGGCCAGUGCGAUCCAAUCACCAAGGAGUGCACAUGCGACCCCUUCUGGACGGAGAACCUGAUUCGGCGUUACCUUGGCGACGGAGAGAGCAACUGUGAGUGGAGGGUGCUGUACGUCAUCCUGACCAGCUUCAUGCUCAUGGUCUUCAUCCUGUCGGUCGGCUGGACCUUCAUCUGCUGCUGCAAGAGGAGGAGGCAGACCAAAGUGAGGAAGAAAACCAAAUACACCAUCCUGGACAACAUGGACGAACAGGAGAGGGUGGAGCUCCGACCCAAAUUCAGUAUCAAACACCGCAGCACGGAGCACAACUCCAGCCUCAUGAUGUCCGAGUCAGAACUGGACAGCGACCAGGACACCAUCUUCAGCCGGGACCGACCCGUCCGCAGCAGGAACCGGCUCAGCAGCCAGGCCGCCCGCAAUGGCAACGCCUUCGGCUGACGGGACGGAGAGAUUUAACGAUCAAAGGACUUCAUUACCCAGAAAUCCUGUGCCGUGAGGUGAACCAGUGUCCCAUUCCAGGGUCAAACUCCUUCGAAGGACUUGAGGAGACACAGGAAACAUCCAAAUUUGGGCAAAACAAGUGAGAUAUUUAUAAUAUGACAACCUUGAAGACGCGUGUUGACAUCCAUGGUUGAAAAGAAGAAUUUUGGGAAAUCGUCUUCCCCACAGCAAGAGUAGUAGAGAGAUCCAGGAUGGGGUUAGCCUAGCUUAGCACAAAGACUGGAAGCAGGUGGAAACUGCUAGCUUAGCUCAAAACCACCUUCCAAAAACGGUUACCGUUUACAUGUUGUAACGUCUUAGCUAACAAGCUAAUCACCAAUCCAUCCAAGUUAGCGGAGUUUAGCCGACUACAGCCAACCCCAAGCUAAUGAUGGCGUUAAUUUAAUUUAUUGCUACAUCUAAAACUUAAACUGAUCACUUCUGCUGAAAUGUGCUUGUUAAAGACAAAAAAUCCCUCCAGAAACCUCAUUAGCUACAGGAAGGCUUUAGUGUCCAGUCAACAGUGUGUUUAGCUUAGCUUAGCACAAAGACUGGAAACUGCUAGCCUAGCAUGUCAAAACAAAUAUCCAACUUACCAAACCUGCAUAUCUGUCAGUCUGACUAGCUAACAACCUAGUCACCAGUUUAUCCAAGAUUAGUUUUGUUGGUCAUGACCUAGAAGCUAACUUUAAGCGAGCUAACCAAACUAUGCGAAGAAGCUAAAUACACAAAAAAAAAAAACUGUAAAAAUGCAGUUUAGAGAGCAAUGGAGCUAUUUGUCAACAAACGCUAGCUUUCUAUUGGAUGGACCGACAACUAGUUUGUUAGCCAACAAGAUACAACAUAUAAAUCAGUUAUUGAAUAUUUGUUUAGUGACAAAUCAACUGAUAAAGUUACAGAGCUCCUUAACUACCCCCAAAAUGUAUAAUAAGUUAGUCAUAAAAAAAAAGGAAUCACAAUGUUUAUUAUUACAACUUCAUCUUUAAUUUUCCAUUAAUAUCUAUAGUCAGAAAUACAAAACUUUUUUACAACACCUAACUAAAACAUUAUAUUACAAUUAAAACCAAUUUCACUUUAUAUUAGACACAAUCUGUACAAAGAACAGUGGACGGUGGGAAUGUAUCAUAUCUUUAUAUCAGCAAACCUGCAGCUUAAAUUUAGAAAAUGUUACUUUAUUAGAGCUCUGUAGGAGGUUAACUGGACAUAAAGCACAUACAGUAAGUCCAGUUAAUUAGGUACACCUGUACAGUCUAAUGCACUCAGCUGUAACUGUUCUGCCAUAAUGUCGACUUUCUAAUAUUCUGACCCUCUUAUGUUUGUAUGUGAGCUCAGAAACACCUCAGUAAAUGCACCUUUAAAUACGUAUGACCUCCGUAGGGCUGAUCCCAAAAAGUCGAUAAUUGGAGUCAUGAAAACCCCCGAAUUGGCUCAUUUUGUAUCGCUGCACUUUUGUUUUUUAGCUGCGUCUGUGCAUGUACACAGAGCAGAGUCUCACAAUGACCAUGAUUCGUGAAACUAACUGUGAAGGAAGCAGAGAAAGAUAACGGAGGGCAGCCGGACACCGGACAGCGGCUGCUCCGACUCCAACAGCGGCGUCAGCAGCCCGGCAGGAGAGACGCUCAGCGGACAAACACUUUUACUCUUUCUGACUGAUGGUUUCACAUCACAGAUGACACAGAAAGACGUGAGUCUUGGACUCACCAAAAUAUGCUACUUCAGUAGAGUCCAGCAAUGUAUGCUUCGGUUUCCUCCUUCGAAACAAAACUACUGAUGAAGCGCUUGAUCAGAAAACCGGUAUUGAUUAAAUUCAUAAUCCAUCUGGAGCGAGCAUUUACACUCGUUGCCUUGUAACCAAUCAAUGGACUCACAUGGCCUUGUUUCCACCGCGGGAGCUGCUGAUGUAGGAGUUCAGUCAAAUCUUUGCUUUAAAUGGCCAAAUCUGAGUCGGGACAGCCCAGUAACUCUGUAACAAACAUGUUACUGAAUUUCUGACAUCAACAAAAACUCUAUAUUAUAUACUGAACAUUAUAAACCUUGUAAAGAAUCUGUGGAAGAGUUUUGUCAAUAGAUGAUGUAGGUGUACCUAAUAAAAUGCCCACUUAUAACCUUGAACUGGAUCAUUUAAAGUCCAGGUGAAACAGAAAUUAACGUAUUUCCUGUAAAAACGAAGGAAAGCAGAGCUGUGUUUCAGUAUUCUCUCCAUAAAAUAUGAUCCAGUUUCACCCAAAUCACUGAUAAAGUUGUGUGUUUGUAUAGUAAUCAAUGAGCUCCGCUAGCUAACCAACUAAUGAAUCAGAAAUGAUUAAUUAUUAAGACAAAAUUAUUGGAUCUUAAUGAAAAAAUACAAAGAAAUUGAGGUUUUGUGAAGUUUUUGUCAGACAUUGUUAAAUAGGGGUGCAGUGUAACUGAGGAUGUGAUCUGAAAGAGUUAAUUUCACCUGGACUUUAAAGGGUUUCUGUCCUCUCUGGUCCUGGAGAACACCUGUACCUCACUGCAGCGAGACGUUAAACCACCGGAGGUCAGCAAAGACAAGGAUAUCAGGGUCUGUUCAGUUACUCUUUAAUAAGUAAACAUAGAUUAGAAAUAAUAAUUAAUUACAUGGCACUUAUGACAACUAUAAUUUUUACUUUCAGGCUCAGAAAAAAGAUUCCUGUGUUAUCUUCUAAUUACACAAUAACGAGGUAUUUAUUAAACUACUAAUCUAGAAUAAUUAAUGACAUUUGAUCUCCUUACAGGAAUAUUCUGACAUUUA